AUGCGGAAGGACGGCCCUGUGCUGGCGAUGGGCAUCGAAGGCAGCGCGAAUAAGCUGGCGGUUGGUAUACUGUGGUGCCGACCCAACGGCGAGACGGAGAUCCUGUCGAACCCUCGCAAGACGUACAUCACACCGCCCGGCCACGGCUUUCUGCCGCGGGAGACAGCGUGGCACCACCAGAACCACGUUGUGGCUAUUGUUCGGGCAGCAUUAGUCGAAGCCAACGUCUCUCCACAAGAGUUGGACUGUAUCUGCUACACCAAAGGUCCAGGCAUGGGCGGUCCGCUUCGCUCGGCUGCUGUCUGCGCGCGCAUGUUGUCGCUGUUGUGGAAGAAACCGCUUGUGGGCGUCAACCAUUGUGUCGGACACAUUGAGAUGGGCAGGACAGUGACCAAAACGACGAAUCCAGUCGUGUUGUACGUGAGUGGUGGCAAUACGCAAGUCAUUGCUUACUCGAUGCAGUGCUACCGAAUCUUUGGCGAGACGAUUGACAUUGCAGUAGGAAAUUGCUUUGACCGGUUUGCACGAGUGCUCAAGCUCUCAAAUGACCCGAGUCCCGGAUACAACAUUGAACUGCUGGCGAGAGAAGGCAAGAAGUUCAUUGAGCUGCCUUAUAUUGUGAAAGGCAUGGACGUGUCGUUCUCGGGCAUCUCGACGUUUAUCGAGAAAGCGGCCGACAGCAAGAUUCAGUCGGGCGAAUGUUCGAAGGCAGACUUGUGCUACUCGUUGCAAGAGACGAUUUUUGCGAUGCUUGUGGAAAUCACGGAGCGUGCAAUGGCGCACUGUGGACAGUCAGAGGUGCUCAUUGUUGGUGGUGUGGGAUGUAACUUACGUCUUCAGGAAAUGAUGAGCGUCAUGGCGAAGGGGCGUAAUGGCCGCGUCUGCGCAAUGGAUCAUCGUUAUUGCGUUGAUAAUGGCGCGAUGAUCGCUCAAGCUGGGGUUUUACAGUUCCAGUAUGGAGAAACGACGCCACUUGAGGAAGCCACGUGCACCCAAAGGUUUCGCACUGAUGAAGUCCAUGUAGGUUGGCGCUCCGAUUGA